AUUUCGGUGUUUGAAAUGAGGACUCGAAUUUGACUGCGCUCUUUUCAACGACUGUAUAUAUAUGUAUAUAUACAUAUCUAUAUGGUUCCCGUAUUUUGAUUUUCCGUCCUUCGUCCAUUGUGCUGAUUUGUCCAAUUGGCGAGGAAACUCUCCGAACUCUUCAAGUUCCCGAAGGCGCAAAGUGCCCUUGGAACUACUUGCACCGAAACCGCACUUGAACGAACUAUGGGAUGUGGUCAUCAUGAGCGUCCUACCGCGAUCCGGCGAACCUGUUUGUGUUCGUAGACUGACGGCUUGAAUUGGAACGCAAGUUGUUUAUGGGCUCGAUGGCAGUGUGCCCUGCCCAGUUUCCCCGGUGUUAAAAAACAAUCAGUGGAUAAUUAGUUAUCGUUAAAUUGUUGAAUUUGUUGAGUUCAUCUCCUCAAACUGGAUACACAUAUUAUUGGAGAAUACAACGUAUCAGAAGCAUCUGUGUGCACAAAAGCCAUUUAAAAAAUGCCUGAGGAGCGCAAAUCUAGCGCCAGUCCGGCUGACAUAAUGGCCGAAAAUGGUACAAAUUCGCCGAGCAAAAGUCCUAUUAACAAGGGUAAACUGGCAGUUUCAAAGAUCACUCUGCUGGACGGCACAGUCAAAGAUUUUUACACCGAUAGAAAAGCGAAAGGCCAGGAACUCCUCGAUCAAAUAUGCCAGAGUAUGAAUCUCCUCGAGAAAGAUUACUUUGGGCUUGUUUACGAAGAUAAACAUGAUCCCAGAAAUUGGUUGGAUCUCGACAGAAGAAUUGGAAAAUUCCUGAAGAAUGAGCCCUGGAGCAUGAACUUUGAGGUGAAAUUCUAUCCUCCAGAUCCCUCACAACUCCAGGAGGAUAUAACUCGUUACCAACUGUGUCUUCAAAUACGUAAUGAUAUAAUUACCGGCCGCCUACCAUGUUCAUUCGUAACACAUGCACUUUUGGGCUCAUAUUUAGUUCAAUCGGAAGUAGGUGAUUACGAUCCGAAGGAGCACGGUGAUAGCGGGGUUGACGAUAAUGACAGUAAUUACAUCCCAACAUACCUGAAGGACUUCAAAUUUGCUCCCAAUCAGACGCCUGAGCUCUUCCGAAAAGUCAUGGAGUUGCAUAAAUCGCACAGGGAACAGACGCCAGCUGAAGCGGAGCUUCAUUAUCUUGAAAACGCCAAAAAAUUAGCGAUGUAUGGAGUUGAUCUUCAUCCCGCUAAGGACUCUGAAGGAGUUGAUAUUAUGCUAGGUGUUUGUUCUUCCGGUUUACUCGUGCAUAGGGACAGAUUGAGAAUUAAUCGUUUCGCAUGGCCUAAAAUACUCAAAAUUUCGUAUAAAAGGCACAAUUUUUAUAUUAAAAUCAGACCUGGUGAGUUCGAGCAGUACGAAUCGACUAUUGGCUUCAAAUUGGCUAAUCAUAGAGCAGCUAAAAAAUUGUGGAAGGUCUCCGUGGAGCAUCACACAUUCUUUCGAUUGAUGAGUCCGGAUCCAGUCAAGAAAGUAGGACUUUUACCACAUCUAGGCUCACGUUUCCGAUACUCCGGUCGAACACACUACGAAACGAGAAAAAUACCAAUUGAACGACAACCACCUCAAUUUGAACGAUCACUCAGUGGACGACGUAUAACCUCUCGUAGUAUGGACGCCUUAGGUGGAACAAGACCUGUCGAAUCAUAUGGCUCUGAACCCAGUAAGCGUCAUACCAUGAGCUACGAGCCUGAAAUCAUUCCCGACAUGGAGCACAUCGAUCAACGGCCUAGUCCCAUAAAAAAUAAAAAAGACAAGCUGACUCGAAAAACAAGCGUUGGAACGACCUCGGCAAGCAGUGCCAGUAGCCUGGAGGGUGAAUAUGACGCGGAGCGGGCCGAAAAGAAGCCAAUUGGUGGUAUUGCCGUAUUGCCACCGGGUGGCCACACGAAAAAAUCCAAGAACAAGCAAAAUGAGAACGAAAAAGAGAAUCACAAUGACCUUAAUACUUCUGAUUUGAUAAACGACGGUACAUCUGUCGAUGAAAAAUCAUUGAGUAAUAAGAAGAGCGGGAAAAAAGACAAAGAUACUCCGGAGAAACGUGAUGGGGAUAAAAAGGAGAAGAUCAAGAUUCCUGUCGGUGGUUUUCUCUUUGGAAAACGUGACAAGGAGCCAAAAAACAAGAAGCAGAAGAAAAUUAAGGAAUUGGAUGAUUCCAUCGAUCCGAGUGACGAGUCAAACUUGUCAGUUUCAUCACGGCAACCUCAGCCUGUUGAACCAAUGCACUCCCCUGAAUCACCAACUCCUCCUGGUUACACAAAACCCUACAAUUAUGUGGAAAAUGAAACAGCGCCAACGAAAAAACCAUACACCCCUCACGGUUUCACAUAUGAGGACAGAUCGACCUCGCCUUCAGGCGCAAAAGAGCCCCAAUCUCCAACGUCUGCCAGUAAGAGGGCAACGGGUCUGGCGUUCAAUUACGCACCCGGUGAAGCUCAAAAGCUUGCUGAAUCGGCUGAGAAACGAAAAACUAAAGAGGCUAUAGGAAAUAAAACCCCGCCACCACUUCCAACAACUCUACCUGGUUUGAAAACCCCAGGAAUUAAUUACGUCGAAUCGGCUGGCCUGAAAGAACAGCAAAAGGCUGUAGGGCCUUUACUAGACCCCAGUCAAAAAGCCUCAGCAGCCUUGAUCGCUAGUGAACAGCAAGGGGAUAUUGCAGCCUCACAACCAGGUGUUAUAAUCCCAUCGACUCUUGAAAAACAGUCACAGUACUGGGUAUUACCACUCCCCGAUGGAGCAGUCAUAGUUGGAGGAUUAAUUUACGCCACGGCAAAGGGUAAACCUCAUGAUCAAAAUUCCCUAGGUCCUGAAGGCAAUAAAAUAAUAGACGGUAUAGUCUGCGGUAAGGAUGGAAAGCCUCUGAAGAAAGCUGACUUCGGCCCCCAGAGUAUCCAUAUUGCGAAUGGUCUUGUUGUAGGAAAAGACGGAAAACACCUGAAUCAACCUGGUAUCGGUACAAAUUACCAUUCAAUCGAGAAUGGAGUUAUUUACGGGGCAAAUCAUCGACCGCUUAAUCAAAGUUCCCUGGGUCCUGAAUAUUGUCUGAUAAAGGAAGGAAGAGUCGUCGGUAAAAAUGGAAAGCCAAUAAGCCUCGAUAAACUCGGUGCUGAUGGCAGUUCCCUCAAGGAUGGCUUGAUAUUUUCCAAUAAUGAUAAACCACUGACUCAGGGCUCUUAUGGUACAGAGGGCUGUUACAUUGUCGGUGGUAUUGUCUGCGCCCAGAAUGGCAAGUCAAUCAAUCAAAUGGCACUUCUACCGGAUACAACGUAUAUUGCCAAUGGUUUGAUCUAUGGGCGGGACAGUAAACCAUUAGCCACUGGUGAUAUUGGAUACGAUGGUAAUUACAUAAAUGAGGGUAAAGUUUACAAUAAGGAUGGACAACUGGUGAAGAAUGAGACCUUCAAUUCGGAGGGCUCGUUCAUAAAAGAGGGUAUUGUCUACAAUAAAGAGGGAAAACUCCUGAAUCAGGGCUCUCUGCUGCCCAAUGGUGCACACCUUAAGGAUGGAAAGAUUGUCGGUAUUGAUGGAAAAAACAUAAAACAUGCGUUUUACCAGAGUGACGGGAGCUUCGUGAAAGAUGGAAUUAUUUAUGGAAAAGACGGCAGGCCCCUCAAUAGAAUUCCAUUGAUUGCUGACGGUAGUUCUGUGAAGGAGGGAAUUAUUUACGAUAGAAAUGGAAAACAUCUGAACCAGAAUCUUUUCAAGCCUGACAGCAUUGUCAUCCGUGAGGGAGUGAUUUGUGGUGCUGGAGUUAGACCCCUUGCACAGGGAUUUCUCGGUGAUAAUUUCAUUAUCAAGGAUGGAACUGUUCUGGGCAGGGACGGGAAACCCUUGAAGCAAGAGUCUUUUGGUUCCAACGGAAGUUCCAUCAAAAAGGGCGUGGUUUUCGGUAAGAACGGAAAGCCACUGAAUCAAGACUCACUUGUGCCAGAUGGAGCAUCCAUCAAAGAUGGAAAAGUGUGCAAUAAGGAUGGCAAACCCAUCAAAUCUUGUUUCUUCAAGUCGGACGGAAGUUUCGUAAAAGAUGGUCAGAUUUACGGAAAGGAUGGGAAACUAUUGAAUCUAAGCUCUUCUCUACCGGUCGACUGUUACAUUCAGAAUGGUGUAGUCUUCGAUCACACUGGGAAAGCCCUGACAAGCAGCAUCUUUAGGGCUGAUGGUUCUUAUGUAUCCGCUGGUCUCAUUCAUGACACAAAAGGAGAUAUCGUGAGAGAAGGAGUCUUCGGACCGGACGGCAAUAAAAUCAAAGAUGGCUUAAUUAUCGGAAGAGAUGGCAAACCACUGACUCAGGAUGACAGAGGCCCGGACAAUCUCGCUGUUCUCGAAGGAAAAAUUGUGGAUGUCAGUGGAGCACCAAAGAAUUUAGCUUCUCUCGUACCCGAUGGCUGCUACAUUCGCGACGGUGUUGUUUAUGACGCUAAUGAAAAACCUCUGAAACAGGGGGCCUUCAGGCCGGAUGGGGCAUACAUUCGUGAUGGAUUAAUUUACAAUUGGGGAGGUUCUCUUUUCAAUGCCGGUGGCCAACUGCCUCAUGAUUAUUAUGUUCAUCAAGGAAGGAUCUAUGGUAAAGACGGCAAACCACUCAAUCACAGCGCUUUCGGGGCUGAUGGCUCUUGUGUACAGAAUGGUUUCGUUUAUAAUAAAGAUAUGGAACCACUGAAUCACGGUAUAUUUGGUAACGAGGGAGGAUAUAUUCAGGAUGGGGCCAUUUAUGCUCCAGACGGAAAGCCAUUAAAUAAGAAACAGACGACUAUAAUCACAAUCAGUCUAGUGCGCUACGGAUUGAUGUAUGGAGGGGAUGGAAAACCCAUCGCAUUCGCACCGUUUGACAACUCUGGCAAUACCAUUAAGAAUGGUCGAAUAUACGAAAAAAAUGGAAAACCCAUGAAUAUGGAAUCUCUGGGCUCUUCUGGGCAAUCCAUCAAAAAUGGUCUCAUCGUCGGCUCCAACGGCAAGCCUGUCACUCAAGGACCAUUGAAACCAGAAACCAAUUUUGUUAAAAAUGGAAGAGUAUACUCUGCCGACGAUCAACCCCUAACGCAGGAAGCCUUUGGUCCUGAGGGUCUUAAGGUGAAGGAAGGGGUUAUCGUCGAGAGAACUGGAAGGCCGUUAAAACAGGCAUCCUUUGACAACGAGGGAAAUUACGUGAAGGAUGGGCUGAUUUAUAACAGCGCUGGCAAACCGCUUGAAAAACGUUACACGGUGACGACCAUUACAAUUGUUAAGAGAGGACUUGUUUAUAAUAACAUGGGAAAACCGGUAGAGCAUGAGGUGUUUGGAGAUGAUGGAAGUUACAUCAAAGAUGGACGAGUCUAUGGUCCGGAUAAUAAACUGUUAAAUCAGGAGAUUUAUGGGGAAGAUGGUGGAUAUAUUAAGGAGGGGAUGAUUUACGCUAAGUCUGGUCAACUAUUGGACCGGGAUAUAUCGCCAGUCGACACAAUGACGCCAAAAGUUUCAACGUUGUCGAAAAUUAAGAAGACUCUAGUACCCGCUAGUACUCCAACAAUCGUCAAAACAACAACCAAACAGUCUGUUGUCAAGGAUCAAGAGGGAUUGACGCAGAAUAUCGAGGAGAAAAUUGAAGAUCUCACACCCGGGGGUACUGGACAAGUCACGGUUAAUACACAAGUCAAUAAGGCAGAUGCACAAGAUGAUGGUAGAGCUCCGUACAUGACUGCUACGGCCGUAACAACUCGUACAGCAACAAUGCAUGAAGAUCUUGAGAAAAAUCAAAAAACAAGUCAGGUUGAGGAAAAGACAGUAGCACACACAACUGCGACAAGUGCCACAAGACAAGAGCAACGGGUUGUCACUCAGGAAGUUAAGACCACGAGUCACGUACUCACUGGAGAACAGCUGUUCGGACGACGUAUGAGUACAUCGAGCACGAGCAGCGGUGAUUCAGGUACCCCAAUUGACCUUGACGACGAUCAGCAGGCUUUCUACAAUCAGUAUUAUCAGGGAGAUGCAGGCGCCGUAGCAACUGAGACUCAAAUAUUUUCGAGUCAGCCAACAAGCAAUGUGACAACGACAAGUACAGUACCUCUCGUUGCCACAGAAACGAGAAAAGUUGCACUGGAAAACGACGAUGGUAGUUACACUGUAAGUGGUGAGAUUGUGAGUUCUCAAACGAUUUCAAGCAAAACGAGAACCGUCGAAACUAUAACGUAUAAAACGGAGAAAGACGGUGUAGUCGAGACAAGAAUGGAGCAGAAAAUAACUAUACAAUCGGACGGUGACACAGCCGAUCACGAUCUUGCACUGGAGCAGGCUAUUCUUGAGGCAACAAAUAUGAAUCCAGACAUGACUGUAGAGAAGAUAGAAAUUCAAAAGACAUCCCAAUAAUAGGUUUGGUAAAAAAAAAUGAUUGUACUGAGUUCGGAAACAAGCCCUGUUUACAAGGUAAAAUUAUUUCCUCAAUUUGAAAAUCAUCUCGUAAAUUCAAAUUACAUAUAAUAAUAAUGGAUAAAAUCGGCUGAUGAUAUUGACAACUGUACUCAUCGAAUGUUGUUUAUCGUAUCUAUAUUUCAAAUUGAAAUUUACGAUUGAAUUAUCUUUAAUAUAAUUAAUGGCUCCUGUUUGUUAUGACAUUUUAAUUUCAAGAGUUUAAUGCAGAUUAAACUUGGUGCAACAAAUCAAUUCAAUGCAUGUAGCGCAAUAAUGCGCUUCGAUUAAAUGGAGAAAAUGAUGAAUGUUGCUUCACUCCGGAAAUCCUCUGUAUAGUAUGAUUUUAACGUUUGGUUUUAAUUCUCUGUUCACUAGCGGAUACGAUUGAACAAUGAAUAUAUAAAAUUAUAAAUAAAUAUAUUAUAUUAUAUUGAAUACAAGAGAAAGAAUUUGAGGUGUCAGGAGUAUGGAUAAAUAUAUAAAUAGUUUGAAGGGUCAAAGUCAUCGCGUUUUCAUGAGACCAGCGGCGAGGUGGUUACUCCAUCAAAUAUGGUACUACCCUAAUAAUCAGUAAAAGAAAUUGAAAUAAUGAAAUUAAAAAAAUUGAAACACAUCGGUUGAAACGUGCAGGUUUUGUCAAUUCAAACACUACAUAUUAAUAAUUUAAUAACGAUUAAUUAUAGAUUAUAUUACCAAGAGCAGAUUUGCAUUGGUCAGCGUAUAUGUCUAAAUCUAGCUGUAGCUUGUGUAGUCAUAGGGAGUACGUGGGCGUAGGAGGAUGUACAAUUUUUGUUUCUUAUUCUCACUAAAUUAUCCCUCCAACGUUAUUCUUCAUUAACUAAUAAAUAUGUAUUAAUUUUAUACACAAUUUUUUUUUCAUUCGGCAGCAACGAUGUUUCCUUUUUAUUCAGAUGAUCUAUUGCACAACCAUUGAUCGAGAACUGUAAGAAUUUAUUAAUGGCUUAUCAACACUUGGAUUGUAUUUGUGCCACCGCACAUAAUAGAAAAAAAAAUAGUAAUAACGCGCGAAGAUAUGAAGCCAUGCGUUCGAUCAAAUCAUUUAUUUUUCUACUUUUACAUAAUUGUAGUCCCCUCGAAGUAUGAAGUGUUUUUGUUUAAUAGUCAAUAAUUUAUUCGAGUUUUCCAUUGACCCUUUUUCAAUGCAUGCACGCACUCAUUUUCCAUGGUUUUUUAAAUUCCACGCUUGUAGUAAGCAACCUUGUGUAUUAUAUCCAUAUAAUUAUAUCUUAUCUUAUUUAAAAAGCAGGAAAAUCGAAUUUUUGUAUCAGAAGGUUAUGAGUGAUUGUCCGCAGCAUUUUUAUCAUUUGCAUUUUAGCAAUUCUCGUCCUAUUAUUAAACAGUGGUAUAACAACGGUAUUAACAAUAAUCCAAAAUUUAAGGGUAAUUAUAUCCCUGGGGAAUAAAUUAAUUAUUAAUUAUAUAGACACGAGCACACUGAUUGUAAUUGUCAAAAUACGAAAGUGAAUUAAACAUUAUUUGUGAAUUUUUA